AUGGGGGGUCUCAACAUCAAAAGUUCAGCUGCGAUAAAUCAAGCUUUGCUUGCCAAAAAAGCUUGGGAGUUGCUUACCUCCCCUUCCUCUCUGUGGGGUAGACUCAUGAAGAAUAAGUAUUUCCCGAACUCAAACUUUCUCUCUGCUAAUUGCCCCUCCACUGCUUCAUGGGAUUGGAAAUCAGUGUGUUCUGCUAAGGAGUUGAUUCGUAAGGGUCUCUUUGUCAAGCUAGGAAAUGGUAGCUCUAUUGAUCCUUGGCUUAACUUUUGGAUUCCUGAUUAUCACCCCUUGGAGCCCCCGUUCCCUCUUCAGAGAGAGGCUCCGAGAAUGGUCCUAGAUCUUAUUGAUGUUCAUUCUAGAUCGUGGAAAAGAGAUUUAGUUUUCCAUUGGUGGCCUCCUGAUGUGGCAUUUAGAAUUAUCUCCAUUCCUAUUCCUAUCUUUCAGGCGGAGGAUAAGUAUAUUUGGGUUUCUUCUUCUACAGGGGAAUUUUCUGUAUCUUCGGCCUAUAGUAUUGCCAUUAAGGGGAUUAUUCAACACCCUCAUCGUCCUUGGCUUAGAAUCUGA